AUAUUAAUGGUUUCGACUAAUAACACCAAAGAUUCCGUUCUAUUUGGGUUUAAGUAAACACGUGCAAACAUCCCUUGUCUUAACGACACGUAUGUAUAGCGAAUAAUUUUAAUUUUGAGGAAGUCGAAAACAACUUAUUUGUACAACAACAUAAAGUUGCAAAAAUCUGUGCAAAGCUGAUCAUUCCUCCUCUUGUAUAUCAAGAAAAUAAAAAACCUUAAAAAAAAAUUUAUAAACAUACUAAGGAAAAACCAAUCCAUUUAGAAACUUUAAAGGUAAAGAAGCAAAUUUUGAGAUGCAAAGUUUUUUGGCAACAACAUAUAUACAACAAAGUAUAUAAUUUUCUUAUUAUUAUCUAAAAUACGAGAAAAGAAAAGAAAAAAGUCCUGGAAAAGCGGAGUGAUGGCGGAUGUAGUAUAGAAAAAGCUCACCAUUAGAGAAAUAACAAACGGAAUUUAUUGCAGUAAAUUUUAAUCAGCGUCGUAGUAAAAAAAUUUUUCCUUUAAAAUAGUAAAGGAUAUGGAGGAGAUGGCGUCCUCUAUGUUGUCCGCAGAAGCGGUUAACAACGUGUACAAUAUACCUACAGUUACGACUCAGGAUGAUGCAUUGGCUUCGAAUUCACGCUUACGUGGUAAUAAACAAUUUCCUAUUGCCGGUAAUAAGUCAAAUGAUAAGAACACUAGUCGAAAGUUUUAUGAAGCACAUGCUAAGAAUUUAGAAGCUGCUAAAAAAUUGGUGGAUAAAUACAUUUCCUCAUCUGAAGAGGAAGAUGAAUUGGAUGAAACGAAAAUCUUAAAAGCGCUAUAUAAGAAUUAUAGUGAUCGUAAGGAAGACGAGCACUUAUUAGCCAAGACUGCGAGUUUCUUAGAAAACAUAUUGCAUUCCGGUUCAGCUACUUGCCUUAUAUGUAUAGCUAGUGUAAAGAGGACGGACGCGAUAUGGUCGUGUAAACAUUGUUAUUGUUUUUUUCACUUAAAUUGUAUACGUCGUUGGGCUAAUGAUAGCAUGGCUCAGCGUAAAGCACAGGAACGCAACAUUCAGGGCUAUUACAAUCACUUGGGUGAAUAUGUAUCUCCCAAAAAAGAGAAAGCUUUACAUUGGUGCUGCCCACAAUGUAGGCGAGAAUUUCAACCAAACGAAAAGCCUGCAACAUACGAGUGCUUUUGCGGUAGAGAAACUGAUCCGUUACCACAGCCAUGGUUAUUACCCCAUUCUUGUGGCGAAAUAUGCGGUAAACUUUUACAGCCUAAUUGCAGUCAUAAAUGCAAUAUACUCUGCCAUCCAGGACCAUGUCCACCAUGCGCUCAAUAUGCAAUAACAUCCUGCAAAUGCGGAAAAUCUAAGCCAAAGUCGAUGCGCUGCUUAGAAAAAGAUUGGGAAUGUCAAGAAAAGUGCAAUUCAUUGUUGCCCUGCGGCCGACACAAGUGCCGUCAACUUUGCCAUAAACCACAGCAGUGUCCACCAUGUAGUCAAAAAAGUAUUCAAGCUUGUGAAUGUGGAGCAGAAUCGAUGAGACGGCAAUGCUGCGAACGGAAGUGGCAAUGUCAACAGGUGUGUAGCAAAUUGUAUGCAUGCGGUAUACACAUGUGUAAGAAAGUUUGUCAUUCUGGGGACUGUGGUGAAUGUCCACUCAGUUUGCCGCGUUCUUGUCCUUGUGGCAAAACUAAAAAAGUUGGACCUUGCACAGAAAUUAUUGAUACUUGCGGAGACACUUGCCAAAAAAUUCUUGCUUGCGGUCAACACACUUGCACCCAAAGGUGUCACAAGGGCAACUGUAAUUUGUGUCUAGUUAUUACUAAGAAAAAAUGUCGAUGUGGUUUACAUGAAAAGGAGCUGCCGUGUUCAAAGGAAUUUACUUGUGAAACCAAAUGCAAACAAAGCAGAGAUUGCGGCAUACAUUCUUGCAACCGCAAGUGUUGCGAUCGUAAUUGUCCACCCUGUACUAAAUUGUGCGGCCAACCAUUAUCCUGCGGUAAACAUAAAUGCCAAUCGGUCUGUCAUAAAGGUCCUUGUUAUCCCUGUGGACAACAAUCUCAAGUCAAUUGCCGUUGUGGAAAGACGCGUAAAAGUGUACCGUGCGGAAGGGAACGUACCGUACGCAUAGCAUGCUUAGAGCAUUGCAAAAUACCUUCGAAAUGUCAUCACGUAAAUCAGCACCGUUGCCAUAAAAAUGAGUGUCCAUCUUGUUCGCAAAUUUGUGGGUUACCAAAUAAUACUACAGGUUGUGGUCAUAUCUGCAAGGCCAAAUGCCAUAGCUAUGUGAAGGUAUCGAGUAAAUCAAACUCGGAGACUGGCCAUAUUUGGGAGCCCAGCAAAAGGAUCGAAUAUAAAUCACUACCUCAUCCUCGUUGCGAAGAGAAAGUAUUAGUUGCUUGUAUAGGAGGUCAUGAAGUAGAAGAACGACCGUGCUGGAACUCAAAUCCGAAGUCUUGUCAGCGUUUAUGUAAUCGUCAGCUGCCCUGCGGAAAUCAUAAAUGCACAUUGAUCUGUCAUUCUGUAUCCCAUCCCGAUAAUAUGGAGGCUCAACAAGGUUGUAUGUCCUGCGAAAACGGUUGUAAUAUACCGCGACCUAAUGGUUGCAUCCAUAAUUGUCCUCGACCGUGUCAUUUGCCACCUUGUAAUCCCUGCAAUGUAGCCAUUAAAACAAAAUGUCAUUGUGGUCUGAUGCAAAUUAUUUAUAAAUGCUGUGAUUAUUAUAACAAUCAAGGCGCUGUAACUGAUAUCGCUGAGCGGCAGGAACGUUUAAAAAGUUGCGGUAAUCGUUGCUUAAAAAAUUAUUCUUGUGGCCAUCGGUGCGCGGCACAAUGCCACGCAGGGCCUUGCCCGGAAACUAAUAAUUGUCGCAAAAGAUUACGCAUUUACUGUGAGUGCAAACGUUUAAAACAAGAGAUUUCUUGCGAUAAACAUCGCUCAGGGCUCACUAAAUUGAAGUGUGAUGCGAAUUGUCUGGAUAUCAUCAAGAAGUCUGAAAUGUCUCGUCAUAUGGCAGAGGAAUCAUUGCGUAAGCAAGAAGAAGAACGUAAUCGAUUAGAAGUGGAGCAAUUUGAGAAACGAUUUAAUAAACGCAAACAUAAAGAACGCAAAUCAGUUGAACUAAAAGAAAAACGAGAGAUCAACUGGAAAUUGCUGUUCAUGUACGCGGGCAUCUUUUCAGCGAUACUCUUGGCCGUUGGUCUCGCAUUUUACGAAGAUCAUUAAAAUCGUUUGCCGUUUGCUCUUAAAAAUUGAGAAAAUUCUUCAUAUUUUCUUUAC